AUGAGUGAAGUUGAACUAGUAAUGGAAUUCCCAUACGACCUUAACAACCUUUUCAAUUUGAGUUAUUCCUUCGAGAUACUCAAGCAGUCCAUUGAGUUUCUCGCCAAGAAUCAACUAGCUUAGGCUAAGAUUAUCAACAAGAUUUAGGGAGGGUAAAAUAUAUAGCAUUGUAACUCAGAUGCCAACUAAGUACUUAAGGACCAUGAAAGACUUUUAAAUGAAUUGAGAAAUGAAUUAAACAGAGUCACAGACAGAACUGGCACGAAUGAGAAGGACAUUGAGGCAUUGUAGAAAGAACUUGAUAAGUUCAAGCAAUCAAAUGAUGACACUCUUAAAGAUAUUCUUGCCAGACUGAAAGAUUAGGAAGCAAAAACAGCAGAGCUUGACAGUUCCCUAUAGCUAAUGAAGACUCUAGGCGGUGUUGGUGGUGGCAAGAUGGAUGAUGGUACUGGCAAGGGAUUACUUGAUGCGUUGGAGAUAUUAGUUGAUAAUCUGAGAAAAGAAUGUUACGCUAAAUUUGCUGACAAAGAUGACCAGAAUGAAAUGCAGAAAAAAAUGGAGGAGCUGAAUGACAGAUUGAGUGAAUUAGAGCAGAGAGUUGAGACUGAUGAAGCAUUGCUCAAGGAUUGCAAGGAUCAAACUGACACUAAUAGACUCGAUAUCGAGGACAUAUUAGCUAAGCUACAUGACCUGAACACCAAGCUCAACGGCUUUGAGGGCCUUGAAGAUCUACUUAAUAGACUUUUGAGACUUGAAGAGGAAAUGGAAAAUAAAUUGGAUAAGAUUGAUUUCGCAAAUGAAGUCGCCAGAUUAAGGGAGAUGAUAGGCAAUUCAGUUGUAGAAGACAAGGGCACUAAAGUUAAAGUUACUGGUCCCUAAGGUCAUAGCUAAUCAGGACUAACUAGUGCUGAGAUUGCUUAGCUUAGACAAAUUUUAGAAAAAUUCCCACAAAUGGAAUCUUCAAUUAACAGCAUACUUAAGGAUCUAAAGCAUCUUAACAUCUAGUCAUUAAGAGAGCAGAUUGAAUCUAUUUAGACACUUCUAGCCAAUUUUGUCUCUAAGGACGAUUUAAAGAAUCUAGAGAGAUUAAUCAAAGAGAUUCAAGCCAAUGUAGACAUGAACACAAGUGAAAUUGCUAGAUUAAUGGAUCUCCUAAGUAAUUUAAAGGGCGUCGGAGGAGGCAGUGGCUCAGGGGCCAGUAAUAACGAUGUGAUGUUAUUGAGAAGCAGAAUGGAGUAUGUUGAGAAUCAGAUUAAGACGAUGAGUAAAUUACUAGCAGACCUCAAGAAAUAGGUUGAUGACUUGUCUGCUAAUAUGAAUAAAGAUCAUGGAGGUUCAUCAGCUUUGGAAAAAGCAAUGAAGGACCUUGAGUCCCAAUUGAGAAUCCUCAGGGCUGAUGUUAACAAGUUAACUGAUGAAACUGGAAAUAAUUUUAAGAAUCAUUAAGACUAGAUAAACAAGAAGGCAGAUAAGUAAGACCUAGAUGAUCUUGAGGCUAGAAUUAUGGACAAAAUAAACGAAAUGAUCAAGAAAUUACUUGCAAGCUUUGCUGACAGAGCAGACACUCUUAAGAGAUUAGCUGCUCUUGAGAAAAAUGUCAAGAGUCUAUUUGAGUUGCUGAUGGCUAGACAGACUGGAGGAGGUAGAGAAAGUGAAGAAGAUGCUAUGUUUACAAAGAAGCCUCUUGGUGGCAUAUCUUGUGCUUCAUGCGAAAGAAAUAUAACUAAUCUGCAAGGAGUUAUGGCUGACUAUCAGCCAUGGAAGAAACUUCCAUUCAGAGAAACUAAUGAUAGAAUCGCUAGAGUAAGCUUUAUCUAGAGUAAUGUCUUUUUCUAGUACGGACCAGGAUUCUCUAAGAUCCUCUCUAUGAUGAGGCCAGAGCAGAAUUAUGAUCAGUCGAGAAUGGAGCCGAGGAGAACCGCAGGAGCGAUAGAUGAGACAAACAAUUCCUUGAUCUAGGAUCACUCUAUAACUGUUGAAAUGCCGUAAGGUGUUAACGCUUCAUCUAAAGCUAGUGCUCGAACUGGAUAUCAUUUCUACAAGAACUCAGCCCAGAUCAACAACAAGAACAGCAGUGUGAUUAGAGGAGGUGGCACUGGAGGCUACAAUAAUAACUUGGAAGAAUCACCACCUAGAAUUCAUGACGACACUCUCCCACAUCUUAAUGUCAGGGUAAUUUAUUUUCUUAACUAAUGA